GGCAAGCAAGUGGCAACCUAAAACCCUAGAAAGCAGCCUGCCUUGCAAACCAUAAAACCUCCAAAGCAGCAAGAAACCAUUAUUAGUCACCGAAGAUCAAAGAAGAACCUUCCCCAUCAAUGGCGGAACCCUUCGUCUCCAAGACCUUCCCAGUGAAGCCGAAGCUCAAGCCCAAGCCAAGAACCCCCUCCAAGACGCCGGAGUCCAAGUACUGGUCCUCCUUCAAGACCCACCCCGUCGACAACCUCGCCUUCUCCGUCCCUUCCCUCGCCUUCUCUCCCUCCCCUCCCCACCCCUUCGCCGCCGCCCACUCCGCCUCCCUCUCCCUCUUCUCCCCCAACACCCUCUCCCGCACCCACACCAUCUCCUCCUUCAGCGACGUCGUCUCCUCCGUCUCCUUCCGCUCCGACGGCUCCCUCCUUGCCGCCUCCGACCUCUCCGGCCUGAUCCAGGUCUUCGACGUCCGGACGAGGACCCCGCUCCGCCGCCUCAAGUCGCACGUGCGGCCCGUCAGGUUUGUCCAGUACCCAGUUCUUGAUAAGCUCCAUUUGGUGUCUGGGGGUGAUGAUGGCCUCGUUAAGUACUGGGAUGUGGCCGGCGAGAGCGUGGUUUCGGAGCUUAGAGGGCAUAAGGACUACGUUAGGUGCGGGGAUUGUUCACCUGCCGAUGCGAAUUGUUUCGUCACUGGGUCUUAUGAUCAUGUGGUGAAGCUCUGGGAUGUGAGGGUGGGCGAUGGCAAUAGGGCGGUGACGGAGGUGAAUCAUGGGAAGCCCGUCCAGGAUGUGAUCUUCUUGCCUUCGGGUAGUUUGGUGGCGACCGCGGGAGGGAAUAGUGUGAAGAUUUGGGAUUUAAUAGCCGGAGGCAAGAUGGUUUAUUCGAUGGAGAGUCACAACAAGACCGUGACCUCCAUUUGUGUAGGUAGAAUGGGGACGCAGAGCGGGGAAGAGGCAAUGCAGCUGAGGAUCUUGAGCGUUGGUCUUGAUGGUUAUAUGAAGGUGUUUGAUUAUUCUAGAAUGAAGGUUACGCAUUCGAUGAGGUUCCCGGCACCUCUGUUGUCAAUCGGGUUUUCGCCGGAUUGCAACGUGAGAGCAAUUGGGACUUCGAAUGGUAUUAUGUAUGUGGGAAAGAGAAAGGGGAAGGAGAACGUGGAGAGUGGUGCCAAUGCUAUCUUAGGGUGGGGCAAUGUGGAGGAGCCACAGAGGCGGGUCUUGAAGCCCUCAUUCCAUAGGUACUUCCACAGAGGCCAGAGUGAGAAACCAUCCCAGGGAGAUUAUUUGGUUAUGAGGCCAAAGAAGGUGAAGUUGGCUGAGCAUGAUAAACUCUUAAAGAAGUUCCGGCAUAAGAAUGCUCUCAUUUCGGUUUUAGGUGGGAAUGAUCCUGAAAAGGUGGUGGCUGUGAUGGAGGAAUUGGUGGCUCGGAGGGCACUACUAAAAUGCGUCCUGAACUUGGAUAGGGAUGAAUUGGGUCUGCUUUUGAUGUUCUUGCUUAAGAACUCGACCAUGCCUAGAUAUUCAAGCUUGUUGAUGGGGCUAGCAAAGAAGGUUAUUGACUUGAGGCUCGAAGAUAUAAGAGCAUGCGAUGCCUUGAAGGGUCAUAUUAGGAACCUCAAGCGCUCCGUCGAUGAGGAGAUUCGGAUACAAGAGGGGUUGCAAGAGAUUCAGGGUAUGGUAUCUCCUUUAUUAAGGAUUGCAGGCAGAAGAUAGCAAUAGGGUUAUACUGCAUGUAAUGAGGUAAAAAAAAAUUUAUUAGGCCACCCAAUCGUGUUUGGUUCUCUACUUUUUUCCCCCUCGAGGGAUGAAUUUUUGCUGCAAUGUGUAUUAGUUUCACUAAAUUUAUGGAAAACUUAUGUUUUUACAUGGA